GGGAAGGUUUCCGUAACAGUGUAACCUUUUAUAUGACUACGAAGGGAUCAAAAUGUCGACUAGUAGCACACUAAGUAACUAUUAUGUAGACUCUAUAAUGGGACAUGAACCGGAGGAUGUGUACGGUGCUCGCUUCGUCCAGGGUCCGCACACCGCGACCUCAAGGCCAUCAGGUGUAGGGGACAACGCAGAUUUUUCAUCCUGUAGCUUUGCACCUAAAACUGCCGUGUUCCCGUCGUCCUGGUCUUCAGUUCACCCGCAGUCCUCCGGUGCAGUGUCUGGGAUAUACCAUCCAUACGUUCACCAGUCUCAUCUCUCCGCGUCGGACAACAGAUAUGUUCGGUCUUGGAUAGACCCGAUUUCGAACCACGUUUCUUUUCCAGGCUUUCACUCCAACAGUCGACAUUAUGCAACAAAGAACGAAAGUUCACCACCGAAAAGGACAGAGACUGCGGUUGCCACUUUUGAAAGAGAAACUACUGUUGCCUCUGAUUACGCGUGUGGAGUAUCCGAGUGUCCCGAAAAAGUAGCCAAAGAGAGCAUUGGCAGUGAUAUUUCGAGUCACAGUGAGUCUAAAGAAGACAAACAACAACAACUUGACCCAAAAAACCCUGCUGCAAAUUGGAUUCAUGCACGUUCUACGAGGAAGAAGAGAUGUCCAUACACAAAAUAUCAGACACUAGAACUGGAAAAAGAAUUUCUUUACAACAUGUAUUUGACAAGAGACCGACGUUAUGAAGUUGCUCGAAUUCUCAAUUUAACUGAGAGGCAGGUCAAAAUCUGGUUUCAAAACAGAAGAAUGAAAAUGAAGAAGAUGAACCGAGAAAGAGGUAGUAAGGAUCAAUAAAGUCCAUGGAUUCCAUAGGUUGUGCUAGCUUAUUUGAUGCAUUAUUAGAAUAAAACUUUUUUUUUAAACACUCCAAGCUUUCUCUAUUAGUUAGGCUAAAGAAAACUCGUCUCGUGCCCGGAAUCUAUUUUUCAAAGCUCAGACAUGUCUUAAUAACAAAUGGUGGUAUCCAAAGUAUUUCGGAGAUAAGUUACAUUCUUGUGUAGUUAUAACCUGCCCACCAGGGAUUAAACCUGUGUUAAAUAAUUUGAAUUUUACUUGUUCAAUGUUACAUUCAUUGUUUUUGUUUUCUCUUCAAAUUUUGCAUAGCUCCAACUACGACUAACUUACAACCGAGAGUCAGGUAGCUCCUAUUUCAUGUUUCAUGUUUGAAUGUAAGAUUUGCUGUUAAAUUAGCCAGUGGGGUACCUAUAGAGCUAGGUUUCUAUGUAAACAUUAUAUUUAUAUUUUUAAAUUGUGUUUGACCUUCUGCAAAUGUAGCCUACGCCCAUCCUUAUACGGACGCCAAACACAGCCAAAUAACAUAUCAAUUUCUUAUAGCUUGAGAACAUCAAAGCCCCAUUAUAGCCAUUAGCCUAUUUGGAAACCAUUAUAAUGUGUAAACUUCUCUUACACAGACUUGAUCAUACUUCAUUGGGUUUUUACAUUUGCUACAAAUUAUGGGGUUUAAUCAUUCAUAGGCUACGUAAGAGACUCGAUAAAGUUAUGGUUACUCCGUUAGUCUAAUUUCUGUAGGCUACAUAAGGUUUGCGUGGAUUUCCCUUAAAACUUAUGAGAGGCCUGCAUUGUUGAGGGGAAAUAGUAAUAAAGUCUUUACGAUUGUGA